AAUCACUUUGGCUCCUAUCCCAUUUGCCUCACACAGCUCUCUCCACCCCACCCAAGAGAGGACUCCAGACUCCCUCAGAGAGCAAGCUAGCUCAGCUCUGAGGAGCAUCUCAGUGCAGCUGCUGGGAAGAGUCUUUGGGGCACUCUUGGGCUCUUAAGAACACAGGGAAGGACCCUGGAGACUGUCUUCUCCCAAGGAUGAAAAUAGAAGAAAAGAUGGCCUGCCCUGUGAUCUUCCCAGAUGCUCGCAACUUCCAUCAUUUCACUCCGGAUUCCCUGCUUAUGAUCGAGAAACUUAUUGCCGCAGAGAAACUGAAGAAGAAAGCCCAAGAGCCAUCAGCUUUAGAAACCCCUCCUCAGCCUCAGCUUGACCUAAAAGUAUCCAGGAAGUUGCCCAAGAUUUAUGGGGACAUUCCUCCAGAGGUUGUGGGGAAGCCUCUGGAAGACCUUGACCCUUUCUAUGUGAACCACAAGACAUUCAUGGUGUUGAACAAAAAGAGGACAAUCUACCGCUUCAGUGCCAAACCCGCCUUAUUCAUUCUUGGGCCUUUUAAUGCCGUCAGGAGACUGGCCAUUUACGUCUCAGUUCAUUCAUUAUUCAGCAUGUUCAUCAUAUGCACGGUUAUUGUCAAUUGUGCCUUCAUGGCAUUCCUAAAAGAUGAGACAACGAAUAAACACGCUGAAUAUGUUUUUACUGCCAUCUACAGUUUUGAAGCAUUGAUUAAAAUAUUGGCAAGAGGACUUCUUCUGGAUGAGUUCAGUUAUCUUCGAGAUCCAUGGAACUGGUUGGAUUUCUUUGUCAUCACAGUGGCAUUUCUAUCACUAGGGAUAAAACAACUAGAAAGCGUGUCAGCUCUGAGAACAUUUCGAGUGCUCAGAGCUUUGAAAGCCAUCUCAGUCAUUUCAGGUUUGAAGGUCAUUGUUGGGGCCCUACUGCGCUCAGUGAAGAAAUUGGUGGAUGUGAUGAUUCUGAUGGUCUUUUCUUUGAGCAUUUUUGCCCUGGUGGCUCAGCAGCUAUUCAUGGGGAGUCUCAGGAAUAGAUGCAUCCACAGGUCCUGUUUGAAUGAUGGUUAUGACACUAAAAAACCUGAAAGUUGUUCAUUUCUCAGAGAGGAUAUUCCAUUUCUAGAAAACUGCAGUGAAAAUAAAAGUGGAAGCUCUUCUGAAAAAAAAUUAUGUGGCACCUGGAGGAAUACCUCAUGUUGCUCUGAUUUUGUAUGCUGUAAAACGAAGCUCAAUCCUGAUUAUAGUUUUACAAACUUUGACCAUUUUGGUUGGGCCUUUCUCAGCAUGUUCCGUGUGAUGACUCAGGAUUCCUGGGAACGCCUGUAUCAGCAGACCCUUCGAGUUUCUGGACAGUUUGCUGUAUUCUUUUUUAUGAUCGUCAUCUUCCUUGGCUCUUUUUACCUGAUUAACCUGACCUUGGCUGUCGUCACAAUGUCAUAUGAAGAGCAAAAUAAAAAUGUGGCAGCUGAGACGGAAGCAAAAGAAAAAAUGUUCAGAGAAGCUCUGCAGCUGCUAAAGCAGGAGCAGGAGACUUUAGUUGCUAUGGGAAUUGAUAGGAGUUCACUUAAUUCCCUUGAAACAUCAUCUGUUUCUUGCCAAAAGAGAAGCUUCUUCGGUAACAAGAGAAGGAAAUCCUUCCUUGUAGGAAAUUCUGGAGAAGAUCAAGCUCCAUUCUCUGAUCCUGAUGAAAGUGUCCAAAGAAAGCAGCAGUUAUUGAACCAAACCAAGCGCCUGUCACAGAACCUGUCUAUGGAUUAUUGGGACGGCCACAACGACACCUUUCAGAGACAACGAGCCCUGAGUGCCGUCAGCAUCGUCACCAUCACUAUGCAGGAGUAUGAAAAGUCACAGCAGAAAUGCCUUCCCUGCCAGAAUAACUUUUUCUCCAAGUAUUGCAUUUGGGAGUGUUGUCCCCUGUGGCUUCGCAUUAAAAAGAUCGUGGAACUUGUCAUCAUGGAUCCCUUCGCUGACCUGGCCAUCACAAUCUGCAUCAUUGUCAACACUGUAUUCAUGGCAAUGGAGCACUAUGAAGAGAAUAACGACUUUGAGAGAAUGCUCAAUGCAGGAAACUAUGUAUUUACUGGAAUUUUUGUAGCAGAAAUGUUCUUCAAAAUCAUUGCCCUGGAUCCAUAUUAUUAUUUUCUUCGACCCUGGAACAUUUUUGACACUAUCAUCGCAGUUCUGAGUCUUGUGGAAAUAAUCAUUUCACUUGUUGUUAAAUCAAAUAUGUCAAUAUUACGUUCUUUAAGACUGCUGAGAGUUUUCAAGUUAGCCAAAUCCUGGCCAACACUGAAUACUCUUAUUAAGAUUAUUGGCCACUCAGUCGGCGCCCUGGGUAACCUCACUCUGGUCUUGACCAUCAUCGUCUUCAUCUUCUCAGUUGUUGGCAUGCAGCUUUUUGGGAAUCCUGAAAAUAAAACUCUUUCAUGUCUUAACUUCACGCGGCCCGAGCCACAGCGCUGGCACAUGAGAGACUUCUUCCACUCUUUUCUGGUUGUGUUCCGCAUUCUGUGUGGCGAAUGGAUCGAAAACAUGUGGGAGUGUAUGUGUGACUUCCCUCAGGUGCUGUGCAUUCUCGUCUACUUGCUGAUUUUGGUGAUAGGAAACUUGGUGGUACUCAAUCUUUUCAUUGCCCUGCUGCUCAACUCCUUCAGCAGUGAGGAAAGAGAAGGGAAUGGAUGUGGAGAGGUGAGGAAGACCAAGCUGCAGCUUGCUUUUGAUCGGUUCCAUCGGGCUUUUCAUUUUGUGAAACACGCCAUUUGGCAUUUUUGUAGCAGUCCUUUCAGGAAGCAAAUGUUUAGAAAGCCAAAGGAUGUGUCCAAAAAACAGAAGGUUCAGAAUGAAGAUGCUAUUCCACUGGAGUCAGGAAUAAAACGAGAGCAAGCAAACCAUGAACAACUUUGCCCUAAGGACAAGAAGAGUUCUCUUGAAUACACAGGCCUGGACUUUAUAUACCAGAAUUCAAAUACCAGGCACCUGUCAUUUAAUAAAGCCCCACUUGCUGAAGAAGAAGAAGAUGAUGAUGAUGAUAUUCACUCUCUAGUUGAAGAUGAGUUCCAGGAUAUCGGGGAAACAGAGUUUUUCAAACAGGUGGAAAAGCAGUGUAUGAGCCCGGGAGCCAUGAGCAGAGAAGUCGAUGUGUUUUCUGAAGAUGGCACUGAAAAGAAAGAGAAUUUUGAAGUCACCAGCUUUCUAUCUGAUUGCAGCACCAUUGAUCUGAAGGAUCUCAUUUUGUUCAUUCCUGAAAUGAUUUCUCAAAAAGGACCUGAGAGAUGUUGGCCCAAAGGUUGCUACAAAUUAUUUCCCUGCUUUGCAUUGAAUGUAAAAAAGUCUCCUGGAAUCAUUUGGCUGAAGCUGAGGGUAACCUGCUACAGAAUCAUCAAGCACAACUGGUUUGAGAGUUUCAUUAUCUUCAUGAUUCUUCUGAGUAGUGGAGCUCUGAUAUUUGAAGAUUGUUCCCUUCCAUCAAAGAAAAACAUUAAGGAAUUGCUGAGCUUUGCUGAUAAGGUUUUUACCUACAUUUUCAUCCUGGAGAUGUUUUUAAAAUGGGUGGCCUAUGGAUUUAAGAAGUAUUUCAUGAAUGCAUGGUGUUUUCUUGACUUCGUUAUUGUAAAUGUCUCUCUGAUAAGCCUUAUUGCUGAGAGUGCAAAAUCACACUUGUCUAUUAAUGUUAAAUCCCUUCGGACACUGAGAGCCUUGAGGCCAUUGCGGGCACUGUCCCAGUUUGAAGGGAUGAGGGUUGUUGUCAAUGCUCUUAUGGGGGCCAUUCCUGCCAUCUUUAACGUCCUGCUGGUCUGUCUCAUUUUCUGGCUCAUCUUCUGUAUGCUAGGGGUAAAUCUUUUUGCUGGGAAAUUUGGAAAAUGCGUCAACAUCAAGACAGAAGAAAUUAUCAACGCCUCUGAGAUUCACAACAUAACAUUGUGCAAAAGUGGAAACUACAAUGACGUAUGCUGGAUUAACAGUAAAGUCAACUUUGAUAAUGUCGGAAUUGGUUACUUGGCUCUUCUCCAGGUGGCCACAUUUAAAGGUUGGAUGGAUAUUAUGUAUACAGCUGUCGAUUCACCAGGGAGAGGGAAGCAGCCAGUCUUUGAGACAAAUAUAUAUGCGUAUCUCUACUUUGUCGGUUUUAUCAUUUUUGGCUCAUUCUUCACUUUGAAUCUUUUCAUUGGUGUUAUCAUCGACAACUUUAACCAACAGCAAAAAAAGUUAGGUGGCCAAGAUAUCUUCAUGACAGAGGAGCAGAAAAAAUAUUACAAUGCAAUGAAAAAACUGGGAUCAAAGAAGCCCCAAAAACCUAUUCCAAGGCCUUUGAAUAAAUGCCAAGCUUUUGUAUUUGAUGUAGUCACGAACCAAGCUUUUGAUAUUUUCAUCAUAACUCUCAUUUGCCUUAAUAUGGUCACCAUGAUGGCAGAAACGGACUCUCCCGAAGGACCCAAUCUGCAAAAGGCACAAUUUCUGGAAACCCUCAACUCCUUCUUUGUUGUUAUCUUCACAGUCGAGUGUCUCUUGAAAAUCUUUGCUCUGAGACAAUUCUACUUCGCUAAUGGUUGGAACUUAUUUGAUUGUGUGGUCGUGGUCCUCUCUGUUAUUAGCCUUUUGAUUUCUCAACUGGAAAAGCAUAAGACAAUUCCAUUCCCUCCAGUGCUCUUCAGAGUUAUCCGCUUGGCUCGGAUUGGCCGAAUACUCAGACUCGUUCGAGCAGCUAAAGGAAUCAGGACUCUUCUUUUUGCACUGAUGAUGUCACUUCCUUCCCUAUUCAACAUUGGGCUUCUGCUCUUUCUGGUCAUGUUUAUCUAUGCCAUUAUUGGUAUGACGAAUUUUUCCCACGUGAAAUAUGAGGCAGGGAUUGACGAUAUAUUCAACUUCCAAGACUUCGGCAGCAGCAUGCUCUGCCUCUUCCAGAUCACUACGUCAGCAGGCUGGGAUGCCCUUUUAAGUCCUAUGUUGACUUCAGGAAAUUCCUCUUGCAAGCCACAGAAUUCUCGUUAUAAUAAAAGUUCUUGUAGUUCAGAAAGUUCAUAUUGUUCCAAAAGUGACAGUAAACCAAAUAGUGAGUCUGUGACCUCUGUCAUGGCAAUUGCCUUCUUUGUCAGUUAUAUCAUUAUCUCCUUCCUUAUUGUUGUGAACAUGUACAUUGCUGUGAUUUUAGAAAAUUUCAACACAGCCACUGAAGAAAGUGAGGAUCCCUUAAGUGAGGAUGAUUUUGACAUAUUCUAUGAAAUUUGGGAAAAAUUUGAUCCCGAAGCAACACAAUUCAUCGAAUACUCGGCUCUCUCAGACUUUGCCGAUUCCUUGCCAGAUCCCUUACGUGUGGCCAAACCAAAUAGAAAUCAGCUUCUAAUGAUGGAUCUGCCCAUGGUCAGUGGCAAUCGGCUCCACUGCAUGGAUAUACUGUUUGCUUUCACCACGAGAGUGCUGGGUGACUCCGAGGGGAUGGAUUGCCUUAAAAGCCAGAUGGAAGAGAAAUUCAUGGAGGCUAAUCCUAACAAGAAGUUAUAUGAACCGAUUGUGACCACCACAAAGCGCAUGGAAGAAGAACGGUGUGCAGCUGUCAUCCAGAAGGCCUAUCGACACUACUUGCUGAAGACCAGUGCCAAGAAAAAACCACAGCAGAUGGUUUGCAAUGGAGCCGUUGCUACCUUGGAAGUACCUGAUGGCAAAGUCCACUUUGACUGACACUGGCUGAGAUCAAUCAAUAGACUGAUCAGAGGCUAUAUCCUUGCAGCUUUGCUUUUAUCCCAUAAUGGAAGCAUAGAGUAGAGUCAGCAACUUGAUGAGUAUUUAUUUUCAGUUUUUUUAAAUUAUCAGACAUAAAUAAUUGUUUAUUUAAAUAUUCAGUGAAAUCUUUAAAAUGACUUAAAUAAUCUCAUAUAACAAUGAUAUACAUCAGAGUUUCCUUUUUCAAAAAAUCAGAUACUGUAUUAAUGCAUAAAAGGAAAUUUAUAAAGUUCUAGAGAAUUAAUGUCUGGAUUAUAUUUAAAUAUCAUUUCUUCACCCAUAGAAAUGGUAUGGCACCCUGAUAUAGCACCUUGCUUAUAAUAAUAAUCACUUACAAUGACCUUGCAUGCUAACCAGGAAAUGCUGUGAAUUAACCACUAUAGAUGUUUUGUGUGAUCGUAAAAGAAAUUAAGCUUACUCAAAGCAUCAGAUGUCACAUAAAAAAAUAUUUAUUGACUUUGUCAUGAAUACUUGAAAAAUUAAAUA